AUGCCCAUCCGUCCUCUCCCUCCACCACAACCAGUCAUGAGCAGCGCCGAAUGGACACCUUUGACCAAGACCUGGAGCAAGGACCUCGCGGCUCCGGCAUCGGACCCGUCGGCGAUGCUGGUCCAGGGGCUCUACAGGGAGAUCCUGACCACGUCCUUUGCAAGAGAGUUCUUCAACGGGGCUGACACCGAACGACGAUCCGAGCGAGUGGAGCAGCUGGUCCAGAGCCUGGACACUACUGGAUAUAUCGAUGCCUGCCUCGAUCAGUUUCUGCAGCACGACGGUCCCGAGCGACAAGUCCAGGUUCUUCUCAUCGCGGCCGCUUGUCUCAACGCCUUCAUCCAGGGAGGAUGGACCGGUCCCAAGCUGAAUUUCGAACUCAGCGAUAUCAUCCAUGAAUCUGUGGCUGACAAGGACGGCGACAUUCAUCAAGCGAGCCUCUUGGGCCUCUCGGUUGACUCUGAGGAUGUCUACUCCCUCACGCCGCGCACUGCCUUGCUCGCCAUUUCUUUGGCGAUCUUGGACAAGAACUCGCAUCGCCUGUCCAGCCUCCAGACGAUCGGCUGGUGGAGAUACCGCGCUUUGUAUAUUCAACAGCAGCUGCUGGACAAUCCUUCGGGAACACUCUUGGACAAGAUCACUGCUGCUUUGGAUGCCCUACCGCCCUUUUGUCGCGGCGACAGCGAUUUACAUGCUCGGUUCAUGAUCGAGAGUGGCCUGGUGCACAGUUACUACGGCCAAGAUGCCAAGGCUGCGAGUCUUUUUGAAAAGGCAACAGAGGUUUCCAACUUCAAGUGGAGCCUCACGGGUGCCCUUGGAAGGAGGACCAAGUUCCAGACCUUCGAUGUUGCACAGCUUGUCGUGGUUGCUGAAAGCUCAUCCAAUGAAACUGCGUCGGCCGGGAGCGAAGCCUCGGCCAAGCCCGAGUCCCUGGCACUGAACGACGAGGUGCUCUUGGAAAAGAUCGCCUUUACCCAAGACAACGAUGGCAUUCAAAACCAGGGCAAGCUCAAGACCAUCGACCAGUGCAUCCUUCUGGCCCAUUGUUUGAACAUCAAGAACAUCAACCCUGACCACGGACUGACCAAGCAAGAAAUGGCACCCUAUGUUAUGAGGGUGCUCGACAACCCCAACAACUGGAUGGUCCACACCAUGGCACUGCUACUUCGGACGAGGCUUGAAAGCGACAAAUCCAGGACCGUCGAGCGCUCUGUGCUCCAGCUGCAGGCCCUAGUCGAUCAGUUCCCGCUCGAGGAAUCGGCCCCUGGCGAGCGGCUCGACUAUUUCUUCUCGAUUUCGCUUCCUUCCAAGUGGGACAUGGAGAAAGAGCUUGCUCGCGCCUUCAUGUCGCUGGGUGUCGUCCGAUCUGCACUCGACAUUUUCGAGCGGCUCGAGAUGUGGGAGGACGCUGUCUCGUGCCAUCAGCUCUUGGGGAAGGACAAACAGGCCGAGUCGCUCGUCCGCCGUCUGUUGGAGGAGCACCCGACCUCUCCAAAGUACCACUGCAUCCUCGGAGAUAUCACCAAAGACCACACGCUUUACGAGAAGGCCUGGGAGAUCUCUGGACAGCGAUUCGCUCGCGCUAUGCGAAGCUUGGGUGCGCAUUGGUUCCGUGCCCAUGAGUGGCACAGCUCCAUCGAAUGCUAUCAGAAGGCACUGUCGAUUAACCCGCUGUUCGAGAACUCCUGGUUUGUGCUUGGAUGCGCGGCCAUGCGCACCGAAGACUGGCAGCUCGGCGCUGAAGCGUUCACGCGUGUCGUCACCCUUGACAACAACAACGGCGAGGCCUGGACAAACCUUUCCUCCAUCUACAUCCGCCAAAAAAACAAGCGCGGCGCCUGGCGGGCCCUGCGCGAGGCCCUGCGUCACCAGUACGAAAACUACAAGGUUUGGCAAAACUACAUGUACACAUCCUGCGACCUCAAGGAGUUCAAAGAGACGAUUCGCGCAAUGGAGCGGAUCUUUGACAUUCAGAUGGAGCGCUCAAAGGAUGAGAGCAUUGUCGAUCUGGAGGUGCUCGACAUUCUCGUCGAUGCCGUCGUUGUAAACGAGACCGACGCCGACGGCAAUGCUGCUCUGCUGCUUGCGCCCAAGAUCGCUGGACUGCUCGAGCACAUCACUUCCAAGAUCACAAACAACCCCGACAUCUUCACCACCAGCGCGCGAUUCUAUUUCUCGGUAGCACGCUACCGUCGGUCGCUGGACUGCCAUCUCAAGGCCUACCGCGUCCUCCAGCACCAGCCAUCGCUGACCACCGAUGAGGCCAUUUUCAAGAGAGCCGCCACAGCCGCCCUCGAGCUUGUGGAUGCCUACAUUGCCCUUGGCCCCAAGAAGGAGGUGGCACGAAUGGGCGAGAUGUCGUCCGCCCCCACGGACGAGGCCCAAGAGCCGGCCGAUGCAGGCCAGAGCGACGAAGGCGAGGUUGUCUGCAAGGACUGGGCGUACCAGGCCAAGAUGACGCUGCGCACUCUGAUCGGCCGCACCAAAGACAGCUUCGAGGGCCAUGAGCUACACGAUGCCCUCAAGGAGAAGCUGGCCGAGAUCAACGAAGCCAUUCGCUCAGGACAGAUCUAG